GCAGACAAAGGCCGGCGUGCAGCCGAGCGGGCGCUGCAGCCGCGAGGUCCGCGGUGCCUCUGAGCAUAGGCCGAGUGCCCCCAUGGCCCGCGGGGGCGUCCGGCUGCCGCCGCCGCCGCCUCUCCUUCCCUCGGCGGGGCCAUGAGCGUCUCUCCCCCGGAGCCCCCGGCCGGCCAGGCCUGCGCCCUGGAAGGGCUGCCCCCGCUGCCCAAAGGGCUGAGCGGCAUCCUCAACUCCAGCGGCGGCUCGUGGCGCGAGAUCCAGAAGGUCUACAGCAAGAAGUCGCGCAUCCAGGACGACCUGCGCCAAGCCCAGGCAGCCCCCGGGGAGAAGCCGCCGGCCCCGCGGCCCCGCCGGCCCGCCAACCUGGAUGCCGCGCUGGCCGUGCUGCGCAAAGAGAUGGUGGGUCUCCGACAACUGGACAUGUCUCUUCUUUGCCAGCUCUGGUCUCUGUACGAGUCCAUCCAGGAGUUCAAAAGCCUCUUCCAGGACAUGUCAUCCUCGCUCCACUCAGAAGGCAGCCUGGCUGCCGAAAACGGCUUCUCGGACGAGGAGGAAGAUUUUGACCUGGAACCGUUAAGUCCAGAUGGGCCGCGGGAACCCCCUCCGGCCCACCAGCAGCUGCGCUUCCUUCAGCCCCAAAACUCCCGGGAUCAGUGGCUUAAGGACUCUUUCCAUAUUGCGAUCUGAGCCAGGCUUGGCCAAACGACAUCCGGGAAAGGCCAGCUGGAAUGUCAGCAUUGGAAUAAGGCAUCGUGGUUUGUUUCUGGAGCAACCCAGCCUGUUUUCAGCUUUCCACCUAGUUCCUGGGCCUUUUUCCCCCCCGAUCGUGUUUCUCCCUCGAGAAAUCGACAUGAUUUCUUUGGCCUUUCCAGAAAGAGAUGAUUUGCAGAGGGGCAAAAUGCAGGGAUGUGCUUUGGAGUGGAGAGUCCCAAUUGCAACACGAGGGAUCCCGUGUUGAGAUUCUUUGGGACUGUCUUCGAAAGAGCAUUGGGAAAGACGCAAGAAGGGUCGAAAUUAACCGGAAAUUAAUCGCUUGAAUUUCCUGAAAAAUGCCUCUCCACAUCUUCCAGCUUGUCUCCUCCACCCCCACCCCGUAAAGAUCUGGUAUCUUUUUUCCUCCAACUCAGGGCCCCUACCAACUUCCGGAAUUUUCAGCCUACGUGAAGGACAAGACCACCGUCUGGAAUUGGGGCUGGGUUUGGAGAAAUGGCCCUGAAAAUUGAAAUGGAAAUGCGUUUUAUUUAUUCGGUCAAGGGUCAGCAACGCCGACCUGAAAGAUUUUGUGAAGAUUUUUCCUGGGAGGGGGAAAAAAAGAGGAUCGCUUGGGCUCUUCUUCAGAAUGCAGGUCUCUCCUGGGUAAAAAUUGGACUUUAUCAAAUUUACUUGUCCUUGCGUGGAGAUGCGAGUCACCUCUGAAGCUCUUUUGAUAUUUGGAGGAUAGGAAAGGCUUGGCUGCAUCUCUGAAGGAUUCUGGCCCUUCCCUUGCCUCUUUCUUCUUCCCCACUGCCAGGUUUCCUGUGGCUGAAUGAAAUUUGGGAUACUGAUCCCGUUUUCUUCUCUGUGGUACUAACAGCACCCCUAAAAGGGAGUAAGAACUGCCACCCAGUGGCCGAGACUUUUCCUUGUCCAAAGACUUGGGUUGAAUACGUUCCAAUCUACCUAAUUAGAAUCAUGAGGACUAUGAACUUAAUUUUUUCUUUUUUUUUUGGAACAGGGGAUGGCCAGUCCAGCUUGCAUACUGAGGAUCCAAGCUUUGGGCAAGGACCCUGAACAUAAAAUUCUAGAGACUUCUAUUGCAAAUGUAUUAUUUUAUUUUAUUAUUUUUUUGCAGUGGAAAUUUGCAAGGAAGGGAUG